AUGUCACAGGACUCGAAGUCAGCGCCAGUCUUGAAACACAAGACCGCACCUCGGAAAGCUGAAAUUAACCCGGUUUUUGAUGAGAUUCUCCAGUUUCCUCGGAUUAGCAAAUCUGAAGUGGAGCAACAUCGACUAAAAGUCUCUGUGUGGCAUAAAGAUCUUCUCACCCAAAAUUCCCUUAUCGGAGAGCUUGGUUACAAUGAUCACGUUUUAAAGACGAUGAUAUCGUUACGAGACCACGAUUGGGAUUCUCCUCCGAGUCCCGUUUGGUACCAGUUGGAGGCGAAGUCGGAGAUUCCUCCGGAUCCAUGUCCAUGGAAAACGGCUACUGCGAAUGUCCACAUUCGCCUGACAUUCUCGCUGUGGGAUCGGGAACGUCGGAUCGGCCCCCUCUCACUGCUGUUACGAGACGCGCACUUUUCCGAAAUGCCUCAAAUUCUAGCAGCACAUCGUCACGCAACUCUCGUGGCGUCCGCGUGA